GUGUUCAACCGCACCGGUCCAUGCGUUGCGCAACCUUUUGAGAACGGAACGGAAGAUGACAAUCACAUCUUCGACCUCGGUGGAUGCCUCUUUUUGUCCAUGGUGCCAUUUGAUGCUGAAGCAAAUGUGUUGAUUUGUGUGUUCUUGAUGGUCACCAUCCUCUCUUUGGCUCUUAACGGAUUCACUUUGUUGGGACUUAGACACUCAUAGGACCUGUCUUGGGAGCCACGCUACGCCCUGUUGAAGAACUUGAUUCUGAGUGACAUGGUGCAAACCAUCAAUUUGGGCCCGUUUGUGACAAUAAACUUCGACACCUGGUGCCUCAUCCAGUAUUUCACAGGCAGCACCUGUAUCUUCUGCAGCCUCAUCACCAUCACCUGCAUGGCCAUUGAGCGCUACCUGUAUGUGUGCCAUGCCAUCCACUACCUGUCCAUCCUCACCCCACUGCGCCUUCGCCUCACUAUCAGCCUCACCUGGGUCUUGUCCAUCAGCGUUGGCUGCAUUAACGUCACCCUGCUACACCAGGGGGAGGGGGGAUAUGGCACAGCAACCUCUGGACUCAUAUGUGAGCCUGACACCGUGGAACGCCACAUGGGUUUCCCCAGGGCAGCGGCUAUCACCUGCAAGCUGGUGGAAUUAAUCGUUACCCUGCUCUGCCUCCUCAGCUACUUCUUUGCCUAUGUGCGGAUGUACCAGGACGCCCACAAUGCUGUAGUCCCUUCAACACGGUGAACACGCAGGUGAACACGCAGGUGAACACGCAGGCGAACACGCAGGCGAACACGCAGGCGAACACGCAGGCGAACACGCAGGCGAACACGCAGGUGAACACGCAGGUGAACACGCAGGCGAACACGCAGGCGAACACGCAGGCGAACACGCAGGUGAACACGCAGGCGAACACGCAGGCGAACACGCAGGCGAACACGCAGGCGAACACGCAGGCGAACACGCAGGCGAACACGCAGGUGAACACGCAGGUGAACACGCAGGUGAACACGCAGGUGAACACGCAGGUGAACACGCAGGCACGCAACACUGUGCUCUUCUACUGUGGGAUGCUGUUCUUACAACUGCUCCCUAUGUUCCUCAAGAUCACCUCAGAUGCUCUGUGGGAGCUGGAGGGCACAGGGGCCAUGAUGGCCCCCCCGGCGACCCUCUCUGGGGCUGGGACCUCGCUGUCGGCCGGCACUCUGCACAUUUCCCUCCUGGCUCUCAACCUGGUGCCUCCCUGUAUCAACCCCCUCAUCUAUGGCUUCCGCAAUUGGGAGGUGCGUCAGGCGCAGCCCAGACUGUUGUGGUGGAAGGGUGAACGGCCUGAGCUAGACAUGGACAGGACGUGGGUGACGUCACAGGGC